AUGGCCACAACACAUAUAAAUGAUGUUGAAUUAAAAAACCUAAUACGUUAUUCUGAUGUAGCUGAAGAACCAUUAUUACCAUUGACACCGAUUAAUAUUUAUGAACAAAUACCAUUAGUUGAAUUAGAAGAUGCAAUUGAACCAUUAUUAUCUAUUGUACCUGAUGUUAAACAAAUGUUAUGUGUUGUAAAAGAAAAUUGUCAAGAAAUCAAAGAUGAUUUAACAAUAAAUGAAUCAGCAUCUAUUAUGUUAUAUUCAAUGGAAUGGGAACCAAAAGAAUGUUCAUUUAAUCUUAUUCUUAAUCGAACAUUACGUGAUGAAAAUCGAGAUAGAUUAAAACCAUGGCAUCUUUAUUUAAAAUUAUUUAUGAAAUCAUUAUCAAAACUUCCAUCAAUUCAUUGUUAUGUUUAUCGUGGUAUUCAAAUUGAUUUAAGUAAUGAAUAUUUACAAGGUAAAACAUUUAUAUGGUGGGGAUUUUCAAUAUGUACUCAAUCAAUUGAAAUAUGUGAAAAUGAACAAUAUUUUGAUAAAACAAAUCAACGAACACGAUUUAGAAUUGAAUGUAAAUCAGGAAAAGAUAUUCAUAAUCAUUCAUUUCAUAAAACAACUGAUGAAAUUCUUUUAUUAUCAGCACAACGUUAUAAAGUUAUAUCGUCAAUCGAUUCUAAUAAUGGUCUUCAUAUUAUUCAAGUAAAAGAAAUUGAUUCAUUUCCAAUAUCACCAUCAAUAAAUACUGAUCGUACCUCAUCAAUUACUGUAUCAUUUAAUCAACGAAAACCUUCAAUUAGUAUAUCUAUUCGUGAUGCAUCAUUCCGUUCAGUUGUAUUAAAAUUAAUAGGAUCAUCAUCAACAUAUCAUAAUUCUCAUUUGGAAGAUUUAUUAACUGUAUGUAAAUCAAAUUCAAUUAUUGAUUUAUCUGUACGUGAAUUAAUUGAUCAAGAUAUGCCAAUUAUUGUUCAACGAGCAUUAAUGGAUAAAAAAUGUACAGGACUUUAUUUAACUGGAAAUAAAUUUUCAAAUGAUAGUAUGUCAAUAUUAUCUGAUGCAUUAUAUAAUAAUUUAAUAUUAAUAGAAUUAGAUUUAUUUGAUAAUUAUAUAUCUGAUAUUGGUGUUAAAAUUCUUAUGGAUAUUCUUUCAACAAAUAAAACAAUACUUAAAAAACUUCAUCUAGGUUCAAAUAAUAUAUCUGAUAAAGGUAUAUUAUAUAUAUCUAAUAUGCUUAAAAUAAAUCGAACAUUAACACAUUUAAUGUUAAAUCGUAAUAAUAUAAGUAAUCAUGGUGUACAUUUAUUAUCGAAUAUUUUAGCUUUACAUAAUAAUUCACUUGAAAUAUUAUCAUUAUCAUCAAAUAGUUUAAUAACAGAUUUAAGUGUUGAUUCAUUAAUUAUUAUGCUUAAACAUAAUAAAAUAUUAAAAGAACUUGAUAUUAAAUAUUGUAAUAUAACAGAAAUAAAUAAUCAACGUCUUCGACAAAUAACUAAUGAAAAAAAUGGUUUUAAACUUUAUACAAAUACAACUGAAAAUGGUUGUUUUUUGUCAUAA